AUGAGUGAUAGUGAGGGCCCACCUCAUUAUGACACGGUAGUGGUUGGCCUCGGCGCUGCGGGCGUGACCGCGGCGGCGACGCUGGCUAACGCCGGGCGGCGCGUGCUAGCGGUCGAGGCGCAGCCCCGCGUGGGGGGGAGGGUGCACACUGUGGCUCUCGGGGAGGGGGUGGUGGAGCUAGGGGCGGAAUGGAUAGUGGGCACCAAUAACAGCCUGGUGUUCGACGUGGCCACGCAGCACAACAUCACCGUCGUACCCCAGGACCCGACCAUGGUGUCGUACCGCUCCGACGGCGCGCCGGUAGACUCCCGGCUGGUCGACCAGCUCCUUCUACAGUUGAAGGAAGAAGGGCCUAGUACACCGGAGGCUCAGGGGAAUUACACCACGCGCAACCUAGUGUUCGACGUGGCCACGCAGCACAACAUCACCGUCGUACCUCAGGACCCGACCAUGGUGUCGUACCGCUCCGACGGCGCGCCGGUAGACUCCCGGCUGGUCGACCAGCUCCUUCUACAGUUGAAGAAAGAGGGGCCUAGUACACCGGAGGCUCAGGGGAAUUACACCACGCGGAAAAUAAUGGAAGAAAUCACAAAGAAUCACCCCCAUGUACUCAAGGACGAAGAUUUCAUAUCUGGGCUCCUGCAGUUCCUGAACCUGUAUGUCAAUUACUUGGAGGGUUCUAGCGACUGGAACGAUGUGACUACCGGCGGCGAUUACGAGGACUUGGCAGGCCACAGGUCCGUGAGCUGGGCCCGGCAUGGAUACAACACCUUCUUCGAUAUCAUGCUGAACACAUACAACGGUGGUCCAGGUCUACCCAACCUGGACAUAAAGCUUAAUAAGGAGGCGCGGGUCAUCAGGGCUCCGCGGAGCCCCACCGAGCGCGUCACAGUCGACUGCAGCGAUGGCAGUUCCUACGUGGCUGACACUGUCAUAGUCACCGUGUCCCUCGGGGUUCUCAAGGACAAGGCUCCGCGGAGCCCCACCGAGCGCGUCACCGUCGACUGCAGCGAUGGCAGUUCCUACGUGGCUGACACUGUCAUAGUCACCGUGUCCCUCGGGGUUCUCAAGGACAAGGCUCCGCGGAGCCCCACCGAGCGCGUCACCGUUGACUGCAGCGAUGGCAGUUCCUACGUGGCUGACACUGUCAUAGUCACCGUGUCCCUCGGGGUUCUCAAGGACAAGGCUCCGCGGAGCCCCACCGAGCGCGUCACCGUUGACUGCAGCGAUGGCAGUUCCUACGUGGCUGACACUGUCAUAGUCACCGUGUCCCUCGGGGUUCUCAAGGACAAGGCUCCGCGGAGCCCCACCGAGCGCGUCACCGUCGACUGCAGCGAUGGCAGUUCCUACGUGGCUGACACUGUCAUAGUCACCGUGUCCCUCGGGGUUCUCAAGGACAAAUAUUCUUCCCUUUUCUCACCGCCUUUGCCCGAGGACAAACUAACCGCCAUCGAGAAAAUAACCAUGGGCGUGUUGGACAAGAUCGUGUUGCAGUUUGAUCAAGUUUGGUGGCCGCUGAACGUAAACAGGUUUGGGUUCAUCUGGAAAGCAGGGGAUAGGAAGAAAGUACCUGUUUCAGAGCAUUGGGUCACCAAGAUUAUAGGGGCCCAUCGGCCCCUGGGGUCCAAUAACGUGCUGAUUUUGUGGACCAGUGGGGACAUUGCUAAGGAGGUUGAAACGCUUCCAGAAGAGCAGGUGAAGAGGAAAUGCGUGGAGCUGCUACAGAGGUUCAUGGGUGACACUCUGAACGUGACCGUGCCACAGCCUGCUGCCAUCAUCAGAUCAACCUGGUACUCGAACCCAUACACGCGAGGCAGCUACUCUUUCGACAACACCCUAACUCCGCAGUACCCGGACGCGCGCGAUUGGCUCGCGAGGCCGCUAGCGGACUCGUCGGGGGCCCCGCGAGUCCUAUUCGCCGGCGAGGCCGCGAGCCGACGCCAUUUUGGCACCGUGCACGGCGCUAGCGAGACUGGCCACAGGGAAGCCAUGCGAUUGGUCAAUAAGAGCUAUAAAAAUUAA